AUGGCGCCCACCAAUGAGAGCUGCGUGUCUUAUGGCGCCAAGCUUGGCGCCUUGAUGGCGGCUGCUAGUGUCCCUGUGGGCUUUUUCCGUGCACACGGCGACCUCAAGAAGCUGACCAUCCAGGAGAAGCUCAUUCGCAUGAACAGCUUCCGCGUCACCGGCCGCGCCUUGUGGGGCCCCAUGGCCACCUUUGCGGCGGCGGGCGCGGCGUUUGCAGUGGCGGACUGCGUGACGCAGGACUAUUUGGGGCGCGACGACUCGCUGUCGGGUGUGGUGGGGGGCCUGGCGGUGGGCGCGGUCUUCGGCCUCAAGCGCGCCUCCCUGGUCGCAGGCAUCGGGGUUGGCGGCCUCUGUGCGGGCGCCAUGCUGGUCACAGACUUCUUCACCAAGAUCGCCCAGCCGGUGUUCAAGGACGUCAAGCACUACGGCCCCAAGGAGAGCGCGGCCCCAGCCAGCCAGUAG